GAGAACGUUCUGCUCCGGAAGUGUUGUCAGAGGGAGACCACGCCCUGUUGUUGUUGUCGCCGCUGUCACCGCUCGGUAACAUGAAGUGGAUGUUUAAAGAAGAUCACGCACCCGAACACAGGUGUAUGGAGUCCGCCAAAAUCCGAGCCAAGUACCCAGACCGUGUUCCGGUAAUCGUGGAAAAAGUCUCCGGCUCGCAGAUCGUGGACAUCGACAAGCGGAAAUACCUGGUUCCGUCUGACAUCACGGUGGCGCAGUUUAUGUGGAUAAUCAGAAAACGCAUCCAGCUGCCAUCGGAAAAGGCAAUCUUCCUGUUUGUAGACAAGACUGUGCCUCAGUCUAGCCUGACCAUGGGACAGCUAUACGAAAAAGAAAAGGACGACGACGGCUUUUUGUACGUGGCUUACAGCGGGGAGAAUACAUUUGGCUUUUAACCCUAUUUAUUUGUGACUCUUGUACAUAAUGUCAGUGGUUUUGUUUUACCAUAAUGCAUAACUAUCCACCCUAGAGGUUUAGCUCCAUAGUAACCGGACGGCGUGAGCCGACCGGUCCUUGAUUCUCCUGUACGUCUGUGUCUAAAUAUUUAAUGUAAAUUAUUUAAUUUUCUUUUCGGCUUUAUGAAGACAUCGCUUUCCCCGCCAGAGACUCGCAGCGCGUUGGGAAUAGGGAAUGCGCUGCUGGGCUCUUUGGCAGUGGAAGGGGUUUGCAAGUGCGAGGUGAGAUAGGAUUAACCAAACCACAUCUGUAGCAUUCAUAAGUAUCUGGAUUAUUAGUUAUAGGUAUCAGACUAUUAGUGAUUGGUAUUGUUACUCAGUAAUUACCGAGAUGUAACUAUGCACCUUUCCUGCAAAUAAAACAAUUCAGUACAUUAA